ACCAUUUUUACAGAACUGGACAUAUAAUUUCCUUUACUCAUUUCCAAUGUUGACCCCGAUCCUUGCCUAGGCUCUUGAAGCAGGGCAUGGAGAGUACGAGAAAGGCCCAAUCCGCACUGGACUGUCCGUCGCCUUUCCUAACAAGCGCCUUUACUGCCGCUGGUAUUGUUAAAUGAGAGUAGCAGCAACCAGCAAGGCACCAAAUAUAUAUUUAAAAAAAGAAAAAUGAGGACUGAUAAUAAAUAUAUUGGAAAAGAGAAAGAAAGAAAAAUUGAAUGGAGGAGGUCACAUAAAUGUAUUUAUAUCUGAUGCUUCACCCAUUGCCUACUACUACUGCUACUACUACUACUCCACUAUAACCUCUUUAAAAGAAAAAUAUUAGAAAAGAAGAGAAAACCUCUGCAGUGCAGGCACAGACUGAGAAGAAAGAACCUUGAGAAACAGAAAACCAAAUCCUUUUCCUUUAACUUCACGCCUUCAUUUCAUUUCCUUACUACUACACACACAACCCAUCCAUCCCCCUCUCUUCUCUCUUUGCUGUCUUCACUUUUCUCUCUCUUUCAAACGCCCUCUCUGUUUUACAGUCUCUGCUUUCUAUAUAUGCAUUUAUAAGUUUCUUAUAACUUGUGCAACAACACUUCCACGCGCCUCUCUUCUUUCUUCUUCUUCUUCUUCUUCUUCUUCUUCUUCUUCUUAUUGUUAUUGUUAUUACUAUCUAGUCUUCUGUUGUUUCUCUUUGCUUUCUAUCUUUGACAAGAUUUUGCUCACAAGGAAAGAAAACAGAGCUUUACUGAUUCAAGAAACAGGGCAACUAUAAGGCAAAGUUAAAGAUAAGGGGUUCUUUGAUCUUCUUUUUUUAUUUUUAUUACUUUUCUUAUAUUACUAUUAUUCUUUUCUUGUUUUCUUUGACCAAAAAAAGAAGAGAAAAUCUUCAUUUCUUUCACUUUUUUUUUUCUAAAUUUUCUUGGGAUUUUCAACAUGGCUUCUUGUAAAGAGCAAGAAAAAGUUAUGUUUUUGAACUUGAAACAAGAAGAAGAAGAAGAAGAAAUAUGGAUUCAAGGACCCAUCAUAAUAGGAGCAGGACCAUCUGGUUUAGCAGCAGCUGCUUGUCUAUCCCAACAUGGAGUUCCUUCUUUAAUUCUUGAAAAAAGUGACUGCAUAGCUUCUCUUUGGCAAACAAAAACAUAUGAUCGCCUUAAACUCCAUCUUCCUAAACAGUUUUGUCAACUUCCACUCCUUGGCUUUCCUGAUAAUUUCCCUAAAUACCCAACGAAACACCAAUUCAUAUCUUACAUGGAAUCCUAUGCUUUACACUUCUCAAUCAAACCCAAGUUCAAUCAAGCUGUUCAAAAAGCUGAAUUUGACAGUAUUAAUGGGUUUUGGAGGGUGUACACUCAAGAUCAACAAUACAUUUCUUCUUGGCUUAUCGUUGCAACUGGUGAAAAUGCUGAGCCCGUAAUACCUGAAAUUCCUGGCAUGGAAAAGUUCAGCGGUCCUGUUGUUCAUACUAGUGUUUAUAAGUCUGGUUCUGAGUUCAAGAACCAAAGGGUUUUAGUUGUUGGCUGCGGUAAUUCGGGCAUGGAAGUUAGCUUAGACCUCUGUAGGUACAAUGCAAUUCCUCACAUGGUUGUUAGAAACACAGUGCACGUCUUACCUAGAGAGAUGUUUGGCAUGUCAACUUUCGGAAUAGCAAUGGCUCUUCUUAAGUGGCUCCCUUUAAGACUCGUUGAUAAGUUCUUAUUACUAGCGGCUCAUUUCACAUUAGGCAACACUGAUCAAUUAGGCCUCCGGCGCCCAAAAACUGGCCCAAUUGAGCUGAAAAAUGUCACAGGAAAGACUCCGGUCCUCGACGUUGGCGCAUUGUCUCAAAUAAAAUCCGGGAAAAUUAAGGUGAUGGAAGGUGUAAAAGAGAUAACAAGGAAUGGUGUAAGAUUUAUGGAUGGACAAGAAAAGGAGUUUGAUUCAAUAAUCCUAGCAACUGGGUACAAAAGCAACGUGCCUACUUGGCUCAAGGGAUGUGAUUUUUUCACAAAAGAUGGGAUGCCUAGAACGCCUUUUCCUAACGGCUGGAAAGGAGAGAAUGGAUUGUACACAGUUGGGUUCACUAGAAGAGGACUGUUGGGAACGGCUUCUGACGCUGUCAAAAUUGCUCAGGGUAUAGCUGAGCAAUGGAGGACAAUCAAGGGCAGUACUAAAUCUUGGAAUUCCCAUGUUAUCCUGCUUGGAAAGAUCAUAAGUAAAUGAUUUUGAAGAAAUCAGUUCUUUCUUUUUCUUUUUCUUUUUCUGAAAAGAAGAAAAAUUGGUAAAUUUCAUAGAAUAGGGUUGUUCUUUUUUCUUUACAUGGGAGAUUUUACUGUUCAGGAGGCAGGACUAAUUCUCAAUUUUCUUCUUUUUUUUUUUUUUUUGGGGGGGGUUGCUUAUGUUAAUUUGGUUGGUUCUUGUAAAUGCACCAAUUUUGUAUGAAGGGUUGACAUCCACUUCUUCUCAUGUAUCUUUGUUAACUUUGUACAAAAUAAUUUCAUGACUAAGACUUUGUUCA